GAACGGGGGAGCUGGAACGUGACCCCACUCUGGGCGAGCUGGAGGCCAUCGAUGAGCCGCUGGCAGAGGAGAGGGAGGAUGAGGAUGGAGCCUUGGAGACGGACGAGAGUGUGUCCCACCAUCUCGGUGUCCGUCUGUCCACCAUCCAGACCAAACUAGCGGUGCUCUCUCCCCACAGCUGCCCCACAGAGGAGGCGCAGGAGGCCCCUGAGCCCCAGCCCAGCCCCCCCGGCCCGGCUGUGGAGGGGACCCCGAUGUCGCAGCGCCCACUGCAGGGUGACAUCCCGGCGAGGGAGCAGGACAGCCCGGCCCAGCCCGGUGACACAGCGGGCGAGAACGGCCUCGGCUCAUCCGGCAGGGAGGAGGAUGAGGAGGAUGAGGAGGAUGAGGAGGAUGAGGAGGAUGAGGAGGAGCCAGACUCGGCACGGAGCAGCCACAGCGCUGGGCAGAGACCAGAAACCCCCCAGACGGAUGAGACCCCCCCAGACCUGCUGUCCCCACAGAACGGCCACACCCCCCCGAGCCUGCUGAGCACCAGCUCCUCCGUGUCCAGCCUCAGCUCCUCCACACUGAGCGGGAGCCUGAUGAGCCUGUACAGCGAGGGGGAGCUGGGCCGGGUGCCCGUGCGGGGCUGUGUGCAGUUCUCCCUGCGCUACCACCCCGCCCAGAGGGAGCUGCAGGUUCACGUCCUGCGCUGCCGCGAGCUGGCCGAGGCCAAGAAGCAGCGCUCGGACCCGUACAUCAAGACGUACCUGCUGCCCGACAAGUCCAACCGCAGCAAGCGCAAGACCGCGGUGAGGAAGAGGAGCUUGGAUCCCGUCUUCAAUGAGACCCUCAAGUACAAGCUGGACAAGAGGGACCUGCAGGGCCGGACCCUGAACCUCUCCGUGUGGCACCACGACAGCCUGGGCAGGAACCUGUUCCUGGGGGAGGUGGAGGUGGCCCUGGGCACCUGGGACUGGGCCAACACUCGCCCCGAGUGGUUCAGUCUGCAGCCACGGAUGCCCAUCCCCUCGGACGGCCUCGCCAGCCGGGGCAGCCUCAACCUGGCGCUGAAGUUCAUCCCCGCGGGCUCGGAAGGAGCGGGGAUGCCACCCACGGGCGAGCUGCACAUCUGGGUGAAGGACGCUCAGAGCCUCAUCCCGCUGCAGAGCGGCACCGUGGACGCCUUCGUGCAGUGCUACGUGCUGCCCGAUGACAGCAAGGCCAGCCGGCAGAAGACGCGGGUGGUGAAGCGGAGCCUGAACCCCCUCUUCAACCACACCAUGGUGUACGACGGCUUCCAGGCCAAGGACCUGGGCGAGGCCUGCGCCGAGUUCACCCUCUGGCACCACGAGGCCUUUUCCAAGCGCCAGCUGGGCGGCAUCCGCCUCAGCCUGGGCACCGGGAGCAGCUACGGGCUGCCCGUGGGCUGGAUGGACUCGACGCCGGAGGAGCGGGGGGUGUGGGAGCGGCUGGGG